CUUAACAAUUGAUCUGCAAUCGGAAUUCAGACGAAUUUCAUUGUUGACAUCAACGGCAGUCAACGGGCUGAACGCAAGACAAAAAUUCAUUGUGGUUCUUUUUCGUCCUGAAUAGCCAAUUAUUAUUGGAAUUUGACAAAGAAUUUAUCUGUGACGUGAAGUGCUGAUUAACCCUGAAAACUCUCAUAGGAGUGACAUUAUUUAUGGGGCUAUUCGAAACAAUCAUGGCUACUGAAUGUUCGUUGAUUGAUUUCAAGGAAAAGAUUGAAGCAGCUGUGUCUAUGGUUCCUUCUAUGACUGCAGAAGAAAAACUUAGAGCAGUCCAGCUUUGGAAUAUUUUAUCUGAGAAGCUUCAAGAAAUAGUGAAUAGUUCAGCUGCAGAUAUUAAUGCACUUUCAUUUCAGGAGCCCCCUGCGUCUGUUGGAGCUCCAAAUUUUUUCUUUUAUCCACCGUCAAAACAGUCACAAACUCAAGAAGAAAACCCAGGACCUUUUAGCUCAGAGAAUAAUCAUGUACAACUAUCAAACAAGUUUCCCAUUAGAGAGAGUAUGGAGACUGAUAAUUCACUGGCCAGCUUUUCUGACAUUCAAUGCGCUGAUGAUGAGUCAAUUCAUAUGGAUGGGAUGUGUCCUUUGACACUUCCUUUGAGCAUUGAGGAAAGGAGUGAGCUGACUCCUUCUGACAUUCUACCAGAUGCUGAUAAGGAAAAAAUCAAACAGUUUGAGUGUACAAUAUGUGGAGUUUCAUUCAGAACUAAAGGGCAUCUGUUAGACCAUGGUAGAAAGCAUACAGGUGAAAGACCAUUUCAUUGCACCCAUUGUGGAAGUACCUUUACCACAGGAAGCAAUCUCAAAAGACAUGUUAAGUCCCAUAUUGGUGAUAAAACUUGGACAUGUUUAGAAUGUGGAGCAAAAUUCCUUGAAAAAAAAACAUUGCUGGUUCACAUGAGAAGACACACUGGGGAAAAACCAUAUCAGUGCUUAACGUGCAACAAGCGUUUUAGUCAACUGAGUAUUUUACAGUCUCAUAUGGCUUCGCAUGCUGAUCAAAGAUGUCAUUUAUGUGAAUUAUGUGGAAAAUCAUUCCGGCAAAAAUCACAAAUGAAAACACAUUUGCUCAGACAUAAAGGAGACGAAGUAAAAAAAUAUCCAUGUCAAGAAUGCUCCAUGUCUUUCCUAACAAGCAGUGACUUCCGGCGCCACACUCGCGUCCACACCGGGGAAAGACCUUUCAUCUGUGACCUAUGUGGGAAAAAAUUUACGCGGAUGGAGACCUUAAACGAACAUAAAAAUCGACACAACGGUAUCAAACCAUUUGUUUGCUCAAUAUGUGACAAAGCGUUUUCAGAAGCCUCGGGUUAUGGAAAACACAUGAAAAAACACACCGCUAAAACAACCGAGUCAGAAACCUUAGAAGUGAAUGACACAUAACAUGAAUUGAUAUCACUUUACUUCUGACAAUUCCUAAACUUGUAUAUUAUGUUCACUGCGAAUAUCACGCAUUAGUAAGAGAGAAAUCAAUUGUGAUCAUUGUGAUCUAGAAAUUGCUACAUUUUAAUGCUGUAAUAAUAUUUAUAAAGCCAUGUCAUAUUGUCUACUAGUAAAGUGUUUUCCAUUAAAAUUUUUUUGAUCGCA